CAACCAAGUUGGAGGAGGAGAGAUGCACUGUGCACAUUUAAUAAAUAGCUAGUGCUGAGCCUCAGCCAGGUGUUGGGACAUUAAAAGAAAAGCGUACACCUGCAACUUCUUCCCAGUCUCCGAAGGAUACAGCCUCCACUCCAUCAUCACCCUCUAUCCUGAACACCAUGGGGAAGGGUGAAAAAUCAUCGCCGAGUUGCUUUGGCUAUCCAAUAAGUAUCUUCUUUAUUGUCGUCAAUGAAUUCUGCGAACGAUUCUCCUACUAUGGCAUGCGAGCGGUGCUGGUACUUUAUUUUAAAUACUUUCUACAAUGGGACAAUAACCUUGCCACUGUGAUUUAUCAUACCUUUGUUGCUGUGUGCUACCUGACCCCUAUUCUUGGUGCUAUCAUUGCUGACUCUUGGUUGGGAAAAUUCAAGACCAUCAUCUACCUGUCCGUUGUUUACGCUGUAGGCCAGGUCGUUAUGUCUGUAAGUGCCAUUCAUGAUCUAACUGAUGGGAACAGAGAUGGAACCCCAGACAACAUAACUGUUCACGUUGUAUUAUCAAUGCUUGGACUCAUCCUGAUUGCUUUUGGCACUGGAGGGAUUAAGCCCUGCGUGGCGGCCUUUGGAGGAGACCAGUUUGAGGAAAGCCAAGAUAAGCAGAGAAGUCGCUUCUUCUCCAUCUUCUAUUUGUCAAUUAAUGCUGGAAGUCUUUUGUCAACCAUUAUAACUCCUAUUCUCAGAGGACAAGAAUGUGGAAUCCACAGUCAGCAGAAGUGCUAUCCUUUAGCAUUUGGUGUGCCUGCUGCUCUCAUGGCGGUUGCUCUUGUUGUAUUUGUUGUUGGCAGUGGAAUGUACAAGAAAGUCUCUCCUCAGGGUAAUAUCAUGGUGAAAGUUUUCAAGUGUAUUUCUUUUGCCAUCAGUAAUAGAUUCAGAAACCGAAGCAGGUCAACACCUAAGAGGGAGCACUGGAUGGACUGGGCAAAGGAAAAGUAUGAUGAUCUUCUUAUUGCUCAGAUAAAGAUGGUAGUGAAGGUUUUAUUCCUGUACAUCCCUCUUCCAAUGUUCUGGGCUCUUUUUGAUCAACAGGGCUCAAGAUGGACUCUGCAAGCUACCACUAUGGAUGGAAACUUUGGGGCUUUGCAAAUUCAACCAGAUCAAAUGCAGACUAUCAAUGCAAUAUUGAUCCUUGUUCUCGUCCCCAUUGUUGAUGUUGUGGUUUAUCCUUUAAUAAAAAAAUGCAAGCUGAACUUCACCCCUCUAAAGAGGAUGACCGUGGGAAUGUUCUUUGCUGCCAUGGCUUUUGUUGCUGCUGCACUCGUGCAACUAUCAAUAGAUAAAACUCUUCCAACAUUUCCAACCAGCACUCAGAUACAAGUUAAAGUUAUAAAUUUGGGAACUCAAAAUUUGACUGUUAGUUUUAGAGAAACUCAAACUCCUACUCAAGCUCCUAGCUUCAUGUUUGUGGACCCACUACAGGCAGGUGACUACAAGACUCUCCAGUUGUCUAGUGAAAUGGAUGUGGGCUAUGGAAAUGGCACCAAGCCUUUAAGUUUUGCUAACUUACUAGGGGAGCAUAGAUACACCUAUAUCAUCUCAAAUCAAAAUGGAUUGUCCACAAACUGGGCUGAAGACGUAACCAGCAAACCAGAACAAGGAGGCAAUGCUAUAAGGUUUAUUAAUAAUCUUCAUGAAAGAAUCAACAUAACAGUGGGUGAAACAAGCAUUGGUGACAUUUCACCGUUCAGCUUUUCCAAUUACACUAUGCAAAAUUUGGGAAUAAAACAAAUAAACGUUAUUACCGAAAUCGGGAAUAGCUGCUCUGUGGACUCUAUAAAGUUUGGUUUUGGAAGCUCUUACACAAUAAUCAUUAAUGAAUGUACGCAAUCCACAACCCUAAAGUACAUUGAAGAUAUUCAACCCAACACAAUUCACAUGGCCCUUCAGAUUCCACAGUACUUCCUCAUUACUAUUGGGGAGGUAGUCUUCUCGGUUACUGGGCUGGAGUUUUCAUACUCUCAGGCUCCAUCCAACAUGAAAUCUGUGCUCCAGGCAGGAUGGCUACUAACAGUGGCUGUUGGUAAUAUUAUUGUCCUUAUUGUGGCUGGAGCUGCAGGUCUCGGUGAACAAUGGGCAGAGUAUGUACUCUUUGCUGCUCUGUUAGUGGCAGUAUGCAUCAUCUUUGCUGUUAUGGCCUAUUUCUACACAUAUGUUGAUCCUGCAGAAAUCGAAGCCCAGUUUGAUUCUGAUGGGAAAAAAAAGAAGGAGAAGGAAAAAGAAGCUUUAGGUUAUGAAAUUGGAGAUGGACCUCAGUCACAAACGAAAAUGUAAUUUGACUUUGCCCUUGUCUGGCUAUGUAAAUGUUGUACUCAUUCAGGACACUGGACAGAAGCCUAUGACACCCUUGGCAGAUGCUGCUCAAGAUUUGUUUACAGUAAGGAGAACUGAUGGAAGCUGCCCAAUCCUUUGUCAGUUGCUUUAAGAGAAACAACCUACUUCUGGAGAUUGAAAGGCUGCUGAACAUUAAACGCAAGUCGUGUUAUUCAAAUCAAGUGUUGAUUCAGAAAAUAUUUUUAGUAGGGCAGAACAAAGAUGAAGUGUACACAUCAGCCAAUCACAUUUCUGUUCACUGCUGUCAGAUAAACUAGAGAUUAUUUGUUAGUGGUUAUUGCUAUUUACACAUUCUGUUUCUUAAAGAAAAAAAAUAUAGUUUUUAUAUGUCACUUAUAGGAAAAAAGAAUCAGAUAUAAUAAAGAUACAAUAAAGAACCAUGUACAAUUGUUUUUGUCUUUGGCCAGCCGAUAGCUAAUUUUCUGUAUUACCAGCCUAUGUCCUUUAGUAUGAUUUUCUUAAAAAUUAUUUCUUAUUCUUAAAAGGAAGUCUGUUGUGUGUAAGUAAAAAAAAAAAAACUCCCAUUGUACAGUUUUAUGUCAAAUAUCUUCAUUUCAACAAGCUUAAAAAAAAACAUUGAUUUGUAAAAGUUAUGAUUAGAUUUCUACACUAACUUGUGUUUUAUGUUUAUUGCACCUUUAAAGUUCAUCAGUUGUAUGAAUUAUUUCAGAUAAACCUGUAAAAGAGAGA